AUGAGGUGUCUUGAAGAGGAUUUAAUAAUCGUACCAGAAGUAACCGACAAAACUGACGAUCCUUUGGUGACUUCACAAUCACAAACAAUACGAUCAGAGUUGCUUCAAACUGAAGCAAGUUCCUAUGUUGAUUUGCUACCAUCAAGUUCAUCCGUCGUUUCAUUUCCUUUACCUCAGCAUAUUAAGGCUUAUCGAGGCUCGUCAGCACCAUUGAGUCCGUCUAGUGACGUAAGUAAAAUUUCAAAGCCAUGUACAAGAUCAUCAGUUCGUGUGAUUGAAAAGGAGUUUCCUCCAACUCCAAAAGCUAACAAGAAACUGAAUACCAAAGUUAUCAUACGUAGACUUAAAUACCGCAUGAACAAAAUAUAUCAGUUACAGAAAGAGAAGAUUGAUCAAUUGAAGACUGUCAACGAACGACAGCGAAAACAGAUAUAUAGAUUAAAAUAUCAAAGUGCUAAAUUAAGGGAAUAUGAACAUAUAAGUAAAAAUAAUACUGAAGAUAUUAAACAAAGUGAAUCAGACACUAUAAAAACAAUUAAAAAUAAUGUGGAAGAGGACAUCAAAACUUUUCUUGAAGAAGAUGAAAACAGUCGCGAGCAAGCUGAUAGACUGUUGACUGAUAGAACGAACAGGAACAAGAGUGACAAGAUCAAUCUGAUUAAAAAGUCAAGUCAAGCCAAAAAAGGGAGUAGAGUCAGUGCAACUGAAUCUAAUAAGCCUCAAAUUUUAUCGAAUAUUCUAAUUCAACCUGGUUGUAGCUAUUCUGUUGAUCUUGCUGAUGAGUUCUAUGAAACCAAACAGCGCCUGUCCCAUACCUUACCUUCAGACAUUGGAUUACAUGAAAGUGACAGCUUCUGGACACGUGUUUCGACAGAUUGUGAAAAUAUUGCUCCGACAUUAAUGAAUGAAGUAGUCUCCAAAAUUGCUAACUAUCUAGUAUUAGUACCACCGGUGAUUCUUGCACUCACAAAAACACCUUUGAAUUACGAUGUUAGUUCAGUUCAAAUAGUUCUAAGCGCAGCCGCUGUAUUGCGAAAAGGGAUUAUCAACGCUGCUAAAGAGAAGUUUAAGAAUUUAAUAGGUGUUUAUCAAGGCUAUGGGAUGACAGAAGCUACAGCGUUCGUGACCAUGGAUUCCUUCAUUGGUGGGAAAAAAUGUACAGUUGGCAGUGUAGGAAAAGUAAAAAGUGAUACAGUGGUUAAGAUUGUAGACGUAGAAACACGAGAACCAUUAGGUCCAAAUCAGAAUGGAGAAAUAUGUGUUAAAGGCACAAUGAUUAUGAAAGGUUAUAUAGGAAAAGAAAGAAGUGAAGAUUUCGAUGAAGAAGGAUUCUUUAAAACUGGUGACAUUGGGUACUACGAUGAAGAUAAAUAUUUGUAUAUUGUAGAUCGAUUGAAAGAGUUAAUCAAGUACAAAGGCUAUCAGGUUCCUCCAGCGGAGUUAGAAGCAGUGCUUCUGCAACACAAAGGAGUACGCGACGUAGGCGUUGUGGGGCUGCCUUACGAAUUGGCCACCUCUCGCAUUCGUAGUGCCUCAAACUGGCGUCACGCUCACGGAAAAAGAGCUUCAACAAUUCGUAGCUGA